AUGGCGUCGCCAACCAUUUUCGAUAUCUCGGAUUUCAUUUUUGAUGCGGCGGACCUCAAUUUCACUCCGAACAGCGGCCCGGCACUCUGUGAAGUUUCUGGGGGAGAUAAUGGGGGUGAGCAGUCAUCGCAUCCUUCUUGUGGAGGAGGCGACGAGCCGUGCCUGCAUUCCUUAGCUUUCAACCACGAAGGCAGCAGGAAACUGGGCGUGGAGGACGUAAAACAGGCUUCUGGUGCAGACGCCAAGAUGAAGGAUGACAAUUCGCAUAAUGGGGUAUGUUCAUCAAAUGUGGCUGUGGAGGAACCGCAGACCGAACUGGGUCAUGCGACUGAUCGUCUGCGUCUGGGGCGAGAACCAGGCGACUUCACCGUUCCUACAAGGCGCGGACUCGCCGUGACAGGGGAAGGUUUGUUGGCAGAGCAGCCGGAGUCCGCUGACACCGCUGAAUGUGUGGACGAGCUGCGCGAAGGGUUUCGUGAACCGUGUAGUGAGCCUCAGCGGACAAACGGCGUGCCUCGCUCCGAAGAGGGGCACGGAGGCGAGGCCGCCCAACCUGGAUUUGACUGUGAACCGCGAACCCCCGCCGAGCUUCCGGCGCACGCAUGCAGCUACUGCGGCGCCAGCUCACCCGAGUGUGUCUUGAAGUGCUGCUGCUGCAACAAGUACUUCUGCAACAGCCCCUGCAGCAACAGCGGAAGCAGCAUGGGGUCUCACAUCAUCUUUCACUUGGUCAGGAGCCGACACAGAGAGGUCAUGCUUCACCCGGAAGGACCACUCGGCGAUUGCACCCUUGAGUGUUUUCAGUGCGGGAGUCGCAACGUUUUCCUUCUCGGUCUCAUUCCUGCGGAACAAGAAGGAGUGGUUGUCCUCAUCUGUCGGGAGCCGUGCCUCUCCAGCAGCGCUUUGAAGCAGAGCGGUUGGGAUCUGUCUCAUUGGCAGCCGCUGAUUGAAGGAAAGUCGUUUCUUCCGUGGCUGGUCCGGCCCACGCUCACGGCGGCGGAGCGGAGAGACUGCCGAGUCGUCACCACGCAGCAGCUUCAGCGCCUUGAAGAGCUCUGGCAGAAGAACCCGCAAGCCACUCUGGAGGAACUCAGUCAAACAAAGGAAGAAGAGGUGCUCCCGAGCGUCAAGUUGGUGUACGAGGACGGCUUCGACUACCAGCGGACAUUUGCGCCGCUUGUGCAGGCCGAAGCGGACUACGACAAGCAGAUGCGAGACGGGCAGAAGCUGGUGAAAGUCAAGUUGAGGUGGGAACAAGGCUUGAAUCGUCGCCGUCUGGCGUACUUCAUGUACGCACGCGACGAAGGCUGCAACGUUCGUCUGGCAGCCGGAGACGAGGUGAAGAUCACCACCGCUUUACCCAAGUCAGUUAUCGGGGCCUCCUCCGCAACGGCCUCCGCUUCGAGUGCCGGUGCGGCUCGAGCGGCAACUGCGCAUGGAAGCUCCGAUGCGCCAGGGGCGAGCGCCUCGACGGGCAGCUCAGCAGCCGAUGGCGGAGCGGAUGGAGAGGACCUGGUACAGUGGAGCUGUACCGGAAGCAUCACGCGGUUUUCUGAGGACAGUGAGGAAGUCAUCGUGGAGGUGAAGAAGUCGUCAAAUGGGAAGGGAGCGUGGGACAGCCCCGUGCCGUUGCUGUACACGAUUGAGUUCGUCUGGAAAAGCACGUCCUUCGAGCGCAUGCAGAACGCUCUGCGCCAGCUCGCCGUGGACGAGAUCAGCGUGAGCAGCUACCUGUAUCACACGCUCAUGGGGAAGCAAAUGGAGCAUCAGAUCAUUCAGACCCCGAUGCCGUCGCAUAUAUCUGCUCCGAAUCUAGCUCCUCUGAAUCCGAGUCAGAUGCUCGCCAUUCGUUAUGCACUUCAGCACCCGCUUUCGCUCAUUCAGGGGCCGCCCGGGACGGGGAAGACUCUGACCUGCAGCACGCUCGUCUACCAGAUGGUGAAGCUGAGCGAGAUGGGUUCUCACCUGCAUCCGCGUGGGGCCGGAGGCUUCAACAAGGAAGGCGGACAGGUGCUGGUGGUCGCUCCGAGCAACGUCGCCGUCGAUCAGUUGGCCGAGAGAAUCAACAGGACGGGCCUCAAGGUCAUUCGCGUGUACUCCAAGUCCCGCGAGUUCGCGUACACCGCGCUCGGUUCGUCCUUCUCCAUGGAGAAUCUGGCGCUUCACAAGAAGGUUCUGGAGCUAAAGACCGCGAGCAGCGACGAGAUAGCCAAGUACCUCCAACUGAAAGAGCACACCGGCGAGCUCGCGCCUGCUGAUGAGCGCCGCCUGCGGCUUCUGCUUUCGAGGGCGGAGAUGGAAAUCCUUCAGACGGCCGACGUCAUUUGCACGACUUGCGUCGGCGCAGGAGACAAUCGCCUCCAGGGCUUCCGCUUCCGCCAGGUCGUGAUUGACGAGGCCACGCAAGCGACCGAGCCGGAGUGCCUCAUCCCCGUCGUACUCGGAGCCAAACAGGUCGUGUUGAUCGGCGACCACUGUCAGCUGGGGCCGGUGGUGCUGAGCAAAAAAGCGGCGGCCGCGGGCCUGGCGACUUCUCUCUUCUCCCGUCUGCUGGCGCUUGGCCACCGCCCUUUACGGCUGAAGGUGCAGUAUCGCAUGCACCCUGCUCUUUCGUUCUUUCCCUCUUACUUCUUCUACGAAGGCGAGCUGCAGAAUGGCGUGACGAUGAAGGAUCGAACCUACGUGCACCGGGGGCCGGGCGACCACCGGUUCCCGUGGCCCAGCGAGGAGAGGCCGAUGUUUUUUUACCACUCAACCGCGGCGGAGGAGAUCAGUGGAUCGGGGACGUCGUACGUCAACAGAGUGGAGGCGGGCAACAUCGAGAAGAUCGUGACCUUCCUCUUGAAAUGUGGCUUGAAGGCAUCGCAGAUCGGCGUCAUCACACCGUACGACGGACAGCGGGCCCACAUCUCCUCGCUGUUCCAGCGCCAGACGACCCUCGGACAAGCGGCCUUUGCGGACCUCGAAGUAGCAUCAGUAGAUGCAUUUCAAGGACGAGAAAAGGAUUUCAUCCUUCUUUCCUGCGUCCGCUCCAAUAGCAACACUGGUAUCGGCUUUUUGGCGGACGCGCGGCGCUUGAACGUGGCGUUGACUCGAGCCAAGUAUGGCCUGAUCAUCUGCGGCAACGCAUCCGUCCUCGCGAAUUACGUGCCGCGCAUGCCGCGACCCCCACCUAGCUCAUCUCCCCUCCAGCCGGGAGGCAUCGCUCCUGGUCUGGCUCCAGGCGUGCUCGGCCCCUGCGGCGCCGUCGUAGGUCCAGGGGGCCCUGCGGUCCCCGGGGUUGCCUGCGUCCCCGAACCGCCCAUCUGGCGGCUGCUGAUUCAUCACUACCUCAAAUAUGAUUUGGUCGUCGACGGCCCGCUGAGCAACUUGAAGCCAUCCAAGAUCCGUGUGGCGCUGCCGCCCCUGACCCCGCUGGGAGCCCUCAUGGCGACCGGCGGCCUCGCAAAGGGAGGGAAGAACGGCGCUGGUGCCGCAAAAGCUGGCAAGGGUCUCGGCAAAACGAAGGCGGCGUCGAGAUACAUCGCCCCUGAGGAACUGCAAGACUAUAACCGUAACUCGACGACCUCGUCUGGGUAUCUCCAAAGUGUCUCGUCUCCUGGGGGUCUAGCAUCCGCGGGUCAGGCAUCUCAUCUCGCGGGGACCUACGCACUGAAUGGACCCUCCGGCGGGUAUGCUUACGGCGGCACUCCGCUUUACCCCAGUCCUGCCUUUGCUGCACUCUUGGGAGCUGAGCGAGGCUUCCAAACUCAACAAACCGCUUUCCCGUCGUCGUCUCUCAUGGCUGCGCAUGCGGCGGCAAGCAGCAGUUUCUGCUAUGGGGCCCCGGGGGGUGCAGGGGGGGGACCGGCGGGGUCGUCCAGCGUCGCUGCUGGCGCCCUUGAGCAGCAGACGCUUCGGGCUCCUUCGGCGUAUUUCGCGGGGCGGGAAGGCGCCGCUGGGGGGGCGGGCCUCUCCUUCGGGGGAGGCCCGGGGGCCGCUGGAAGCGGGGCGAAUGCGGGCAACAGCACCGCCAGCCAGCCUGGGGGAGGCGGGGUCUGCGCGAGAGGCACGAGCCGGUCCGCCGACGGGCCUUUCAGCGGGACAUCCGGCCUCGGGGGCGGCACGCUCGGGAUGCCGACGGGGGCGGGAAGUCGCGGAGGAGCCAGACACACAGAUCGAGACCAGCGAACUGAGGCAACAUACGUGGCUGACAGAGACGGAAAGGCCCUGCGACGCACGGCUUUAGACCUGCGAGACGAGCAGGGCGCCAACUCCUCGAAGCGGCCCGGCCGAGCCGCGACUGUCGUGUCCGAACAGCUUGACGAUGAUUCCUUCACCUUCAUCGGUAGCCAAGUUGGAUUUUGA